GCCAUGGACGGCGGCGGGGCGCCGCCCGCCCUGGAGAAGAACGCGGCGGAGCUGACGGUCAUGGACGUGUACGACAUCGCCUCGGCCGUGGGGCAGGAGUUUGAGCGGGUGAUCGACCAGCACGGCUGCGAGGCCAUCGCCCGCCUCAUGCCCAAGGUGGUCCGGGUGCUGGAGAUCCUGGAGGUGCUAGUGAGCCGCAACCACAUCAACCCCGAGAUGGAGGAGCUGCGCCUGGAGCUCGACCGCCUGCGUCUGGAGAGGAUGGACCGCAUCGAGAAGGAGCGAAAGCACCAGAAGGAAUUAGAACUGGUGGAGGAUGUCUGGAGAGGAGAAGCACAGGAUCUUCUUACCCAAAUUGCACAGCUGCAGGAGGAGAAUAAACAACUGAUGACAAACUUGUCUCACAAAGACAUUAAUUUCACAGAAGAGGAAUUUCAGAAGCAUGAAGGGAUGUCAGAGAGAGAGCGGCAAGUCAUGAAGAAGCUGAAGGAAGUGGUAGAUAAACAGAGGGAUGAAAUCAGGGCAAAGGACCGGGAACUUGGACUUAAAAAUGAGGAUGUAGAGGCUCUUCAGCAGCAGCAGAACAGGUUGAUGAAAAUUAACCACGACCUGCGGCACCGGAUCACGGUGGUUGAGGCCCAGGGGAAGGCGCUGAUUGAGCAGAAGGUGGAGUUGGAAGCAUAUCUGCAAACCAAGGAGCAGGAGAUGGGCAGCCUGAGAGCAGAGCUGGGGAAGCUCAGAGAAAAGCUGCAGGGUGAGAACACCCAGGCCAGCCAAAAUGGGGAGGAAGUAAAGGCAGAACCAAACAAUGAUGAUUGUCUCUCUGAGUCAGAAAAGAUGGCAUUGGACUUAAAAGAUCCCAAUCGCCCAAGAUUCACCCUGCAGGAGCUCCGGGAUGUCCUUCAUGAGAGGAAUGAACUGAAAUCUCGAGUGUUUCUGCUUCAAGAGGAGCUUUUAUAUUACAAAAGUGAGGAAAUGGAAGAAGAAACUAGAUCCCCACAGCCAACACCCAUAAUUCAGCCAAAACCCUCAACUCAGCCUGAAUCUGGAAUCAAACGACUGAUCUUUACAGCCAUAAUGCCCAUGGUAGCAGCUGGAUUGAUUCCAGACGAUCCCACAUUGCAGCCAAUAAGAAGACUUGUGUCCCUUGUUUAGUUUCUUCUCUCGUGAUAAGAAACGUAUGCAGGCGUCACAGAAAAAUGUCCACUUCCAGGAAACUUUUGGAGAAUGGUCACAUUCAAACAGAGAUGACUCCUACAUGGAACAAGGACAAGAAGCCCUGCAACACCUGUGACUAAAGCCCUGCGGUGUUUGGUUUGCUGCAGUAGAUCUCGACAGGCUCGUAACAAGUAGCUUCUGUAAAGCAUUGCGGCAGCUCCAUCACUUUUACUCGCCUUGCACACCUCGGGGGUUAUUUCAGACUCUCCAGAAGGGAUCCCUCACUGUUCACUUGGUGACUGUUUGCUGCAAACAGGAACCCAAGCUAUGUAGUAACAGUUGCUGACACCCUGGGACAUGGAAGCUUCUAGAUGACUUGUUUUAUGCUGAAUAACAAGUCUAUGAUCUCGUUCAUGCAUUAACUACAGUAACACAAGCUUCUUUAAACCAAAAAAGGACCUGUGCCAUUAUUAGAAGUUUGUUUGCAGUGUAUAUCUAGUGCAGGGCAAAGACUCUUUUACCCUGUUUGUUAACACUAUUGGUUGUUUGCUUUUUAUUUCUGUAAGAAUUUUUUCAAGAGGGAUUCGACAGCUGGACGCCCUUGGUGGCAGCCCACAGCUCUGCUGUGUCCUGUCAGUGCCACUGGCAUUGGCAUCUUGCAGAGUCACCCCUUGGAAAUCCACCUGACACAGAGAUAACUGGAGUAGCCUUGAGAGGGACAGUGAGUGUACAUUUCCCUUGUGCUUAUAGUGCCUAAAGCAUGAAGAGCCGAUGUAUGAGGUGAGCGUGCCUUGUGGUCUGCAGUAUUAAUGAAAAACAAAUUGCUUACAGGGAGGAAUCCUAACUCUUGAAUUUUUUCCCUUCUUACCAGGGACUUCCUGGCAGUGUAGCAGGCAUCUGCUGUAAAGGGAUUAGAUCUUUCCCACAGACAGGUUUUUAAUUAAGUCACUCUUCAGUUUCCUGUCUAGGUAAGACUGCCCAACUUCAGAGGGAAACACAUCCUCAGCUGGCUGACAUGAACUAUUUCACUUACCUAGACACAACCCGAACCUUUUCUCUUGACUAAACACUAUGUGGGCAGAACAGAUGAAUUCUGUGUGAGGCUGCUCCUCUGGUGGUGGCAGAUGUCUGGGUAGCCCCUGUUACAGGGCUGAACUCGCCAGCAACAGCCCAGCAGCCAACCCCAGGAGCUGGAUCUGCUUUGCAGCUGAGCUGGUGAGACCCCAGGCCUGGCCGAGGUUGUCCUUCCAACACUAAAACCCACACAGUGCCAGUGCACUCCCCACCUCUCUCCACACACUCCAGGAGGAAGCCAGCAGGUAGGAGAGGGUGUAUCCAUAGGAGAGGGUGCAUGUAUCCAUGGCUUCACCUGAGGACAGGGCUGAGGUGUCUCUGUGGCCUUGGCUGUGGGCUGGGGAGGUCCAUGCUGGAGAGCACUGCUCAUGGGGAGGAUCUCAUGCCAGCAGGGCCAUGGGCAGCUUCUCACAAGGACAGGAAAUACAGCUCAGGCUGGAAAAAAGCUCCAACUACUCCAGGCACUGAGUGCAGGAGGAACUCUCAAAGGACUCCAGAGAGAUUAGUGCUGGCCAGUUGUUUUUAAUACAGGGUGAUCCAAGAGUGGAUUUUUUAUUUUGUGUGAGCAGUAAAUGGUUCUUAGCCCAUCUGUAGUAAAACCCUGGCAGUAAAACCUCUCCUUGCAGUGGUGGGCUGUGUGCUGCCCUGCUCCUGGCUGUAACUGCUUCAUUCCAACACGGACCUUCUGUGUGUUCUAGGUAGGGAAAGUCUUUAUUGUGCCCCCUGGUGUCACUGCAGCUUGGGGCAGGGGGAACAUGUGGCCUUUUAUGAGACCCAGUGACCAGAGUCCAACAUGGGUAUUGGGUAGAUGUGGUUUUGCCUGGUUAUGUUUUCGUAACAUCCUUAAAACAGCAGCAUUUUCCCCCUCCUGUUAAAAGCAACUCUUAAAUGGGGGGAGUGUCUUAAUUUAAUGAUACUUAAAUUAGCAAGAUCUGGCUUCACUUCCAUAUGAGAAAACAAAAAGUGCAGUACAGUCACAUCAGGCAGUUAAAUUAUGGAUGACCCCACUGAGUCUGUCCCGAGUGCAGUUCAGUCGUGUGGCUCAUUCAGAAGGGAUGCAGUGAGCAGAAACAGCGCCAGAAUGUGGGCCUGAGUAAGCAGAUCCCUUUGGAAAUCAGCUGAGAGCAAAGAGCUGGGAUAAUGGAACUGCACAGACCCAACCCAAGCCAGUGCAGCACAAAGGAAAUCUCCAGUCCUGGCGCACGUACAGCGGAGCCCAGGGCUCUGUCAGGCCAGUUCUGCAGCCAACAGCAAACCCCUGCACGAGGCAGGAGAGCCUUCCCCCAUCUCUGCACCCAUUACCUCAACCCCUCGUAGCCCCUCCUGACCUGCUGGCAUUAACCACUCCUUCUCAUGUUUGCAAUGCUGCAGCCACACACCCCAAGUGCCGUCGGGAAGGGUGGCGCGGAGGGAAGCAUUUGUAAAGAUCUGAAGAUCUGUCAUGUAUUGUUUGUCAAUAUUCAAGGAAAAUCUGCUUUUAGAAAAGGGGCCAGGAUGCUGGCAGGUAAGGGGUGUAACAAUCCUGCCUGCCAAGUGCAGGAUCACUGACAUUUUUUGGGUUGGUUUAUUUUUUUUUUUUGGUUGGGCAGUAAAUAAUUUUAACGGUUUAAUAAAUAUUUCUGAAAAAC